AUGCUGGUGGAACUUAAGAAUGGCGAAACACUGAACGGUCACCUCGUGACCUGCGACAACUUCAUGAACCUGAUCCUGCGCGAAGUAGUGCAGACAAGUCCCGAGGGCGACCGCUUCUUCAAAUUACCCGAAGUCUACAUCCGCGGCAACAACGCCCAGAUCAAAUACCUGCGCGUGCCCGAAGAGAUCGUCGAAAUUGUCAGGGAGCAGCAACAGAACCAACCACAAGGCCGUCGUGGCGGUCGAGACGGAGACCGUGGUCGUGGCCGUGGUGGUCGCGGCGGUCGCGGUGGACGUGGUGGACGGGGACGAGGCGGUAACCAAGCAUGA